AUGCCGCCUAAAAAGAGCACGUCCAAAGCUUCUGCGAAGCCAUCCAAAAGCACCACAAAUACAAAUAAGGCUUCUGCCACAAAAACUGCAGCAAAGGAACGGCCUGCGAAAGCUAGCGCAUCCAAGUCUAAAGGCGGCGAUGCGCGCACAAAGACUACUAAAGCUGCGCGCACAACAGCCCCCAAACGUAAAGCUGAAGCUGUUGAGGAGCCUAUUCGCGAAAUCAAAAAGGCACGCGUUGUCGAACCUCGUGUUACAAAGCAAAAGCCGAAAGUGGUUAUCAACCAUGCCCCGACGACUCGACUUAAUGUUUACGUUUGUGGUGAAGGCAGCUCAGGUGAACUUGGCCUUGGACCGGAAAGGAAUGCCGUCGAUGUAAAGCGGCCACGUCUUAAUCCUUACCUGUCAGCAGAUAAGGUUGGUGUAGUGCAGGUCGCUGUUGGUGGUAUGCAUUGCGUCGCUCUCACCCAUGAUAACAAGAUCCUUACCUGGGGUGUGAAUGACCAAGGUGCGCUUGGAAGGGAUACUACGUGGGAUGGAGGCUACAAAGAGGUUGAAGAUAACAAGAGUGAUGCCGACUCAGACUCAGAUGAUGAUCCGGCUCUCAACCCAUACGAGUCAACCCCAACUGCUAUUCCCUCUGAUACUUUCCCUGAAAGUACUGUUUUCGUUGAAGUUGCUGCCGGGGAUAGCUCGAGUUUCGCCCUCACAGAAGACGGCCAAGUAUACGGCUGGGGCACGUUCAGAAGUAACGAUGGUAUCUUGGGAUUCGAUAGUACUCAUACAGUCCAACCGACUCCAACUUUAAUUCCCUCGCUGAAGAAGAUAAAGCAUCUGGUAUGCGGCGAUAACCAUGCCCUCGCCUUGGAUGAGAGGGGUGCUGUCUUCUCCUGGGGGUCCGGUCAACAGAACCAGUUAGGACGUCGCAUUAUCGAGCGAAAUCGAUUGAACGGCCUUCAGCCACGUGAAUUUGGCCUGCCCAAGAACAUUAUACAUGUCGGGAGUGGCGCGUUCCAUUCAUUUGCUGUCCAUCAAUCCGGGAAGGUUUAUGCUUGGGGCCUGAAUAGUUUUGGAGAGACGGGUAUUCAGGCGGGUGCUGGUGGUGACGAGGCUGCUAUUGUUCAUCCUACUAUUGUUGACUCAUUGUCAGGGAAAAAUAUUAGUCAAGUUUGUGGUGGUGCUCAUCACUCGAUUGCUGUUGCUGAUGGCGAGCAAUGCCUCGUAUGGGGUCGGUUAGAUGGUUUCCAGACAGGUUUGAAAGUCGAUACACUUCCUGAGGAAGCCGUUAUCAAAGAUGAACGUGGGCGACCCCGGAUCUUGAUCGAACCUACCCCUGUUCCAGGAAUUAAAGCAAGCACUGUCGCAGCUGGAUCGGAUCAUUCGAUCGCUAUUGAUACUGAUGGCCGUCCUUGGUCUUGGGGCUUCUCCGCCACCUAUCAGACAGGCCAAGGCACUUCGGAUGAUAUUGAGGUGGCAACAAUUGUCGAAAACACUGCUGUUCGUGGAAAAAAGCUCAACUGGGCCGGCGCAGGUGGACAGUUUUCAGUAUUCACUGAGCCAGUGGCCCUGUGA